AAGGCCAAAGGCGGGGCUUUACUUGCCUACGAGCCAAUCAGUGCCAAGUCAGUAAACCUUGCCUGGGCUUGUUCAGUCGAGUGUUCGGGACGGUGGACGUGUCAGCAGAGAUGUGAUACUACAUGGAAAGAGCGAUGUUUGAAGCAUGCACUUCAACUGGAAGUAAAACCCAUCGCAAAUUUUGGGGACUUAUCAACAACUACAGAUAUUUAUCCCGGAAAGCCAUGUUCCUCAGUGCAGUGGAGAACGCCAGAGCACGGAAGAAGCAUCAAAAGAAGAAUAACAUCUCCAAUAAGAGAAAAAGGAUAGAGGAAAACAAUAAAACGCCGGACACUAUCCAAAGAGUAAAAAAUAUAAAAUUACCUGCGAGACACACGUGUCUAGAAGUUGAUGGCACUCUAAAAACCACAGACUCAUGGACUCAUGUUGCUAAAUUUGGACUGCCAUUGCCCCCCACAGUAGAGGGUUUACCGAUAGCUGCUUCUGGGGACAACCGUGUAGCCAACCAGCAGACUUCAGAAGGCAAAAAGCUGGUUGGGUCCGCUCUGAGUGAACUAUGGGAGGUGGACAGUGGAUUCUCGUCUGAGGCCAGCCCUCCUGCUAGUGGACGCACUUCUCCCUGCCUCACCAUGUGCCCGACCACGGUGGUGGCAAUGGACUGCGAGAUGGUUGGUACAGGGCUGGCUGGGCGCACUAGUGAAUUGGCACGCUGCAGCUUGGUAGAUUACCAUGGCAAUGUCCUCUAUGAUAAGUACAUCCGUCCGUGCCAGGCUGUGACUGACUACAGGACCCGUUGGAGUGGCAUCCAGAGGCACCAUUUACAGAACGCUCUGCCCUUCCCCAAGGCUAGGACAGAGAUACUAGGAAUACUGGAUGGGAAAGUGGUGAUCGGCCAUGCUCUGUACAACGACUUCCGGGCCUUGGAUUUCAACCACCCGGGUCACAUGAUCAGGGACACAAGUGGUAUGCGUCUGCUCAGGCGACUGGCUGGCUUCCCCACAAAGCGCUGCGUCUCACUCAAGAUCCUGGCCAACAGCCUCCUAAACAGGAAAAUACAGGUUGGAAGGAGGGGCCACAGUUCAGUGGAGGAUGCUCUGGCUUCCUUGGACCUGUAUAAACUCGUGGAGGGGGAGUGGGAACAGGACAUGCGAGAGAGAAUGACGGACCGAGGCACAGGCAUUCUCCCAGACCCCGCUACCUUAAACCACUACAUGCAGGACCAGUACUGGCCAGAGGACUUGACCGAUGAUGGCCAUUGAGAGAAGCCUGUAUAGGAGGGUUGAUGGGGUAGGGGUUUUAAGUCAAAUGAUCCAAGUUUGGCAAGCAUGGCAGUAUGGUUUAGUCAAUAUCAAGCUGCUCUUCUGACUGGCUAUUAACUGAAGUUUGUGGAAAAAGAGGUGAUAUUAAAUGAAUCUGAUUAGCUGAUGUUGCACACAUUCAUGGUGGGAGCCACAGUUUCCACAGGGGAUAAGGUCAUGGCAACACAUCCAGUCGCUCAAUGUCAAGAAUGGCAAUCUUGGAACAAAUACAAUGACACAGGAUUUAUUUGAAUGCAUUGCAUCCAUAUGUCUUUUGUGUAUGUUGAGCAUGUUUGACUUAACAUGUAGAUAAAGUGGUAAUCGGAUACGAAACACAUGCUUAACUUACUACUUGGAUAAUUACAACAAUGCCUGGAAGUCUAUGGGUAUCUGCUAGCAGCCCUUGUUAUAACACCAGUUAAAAGGUAGUUUUGCAAACCAAUGUUAACUUCCUUCAUACUGGACACACACAAUUUUAUUAUCCAUGGGUUCAUCGAACUCUGGAAGUAGAUAAUGGGCCUCUGCGGCAAAAUCCUGAAGGAUUCCUUUAACUCGGCAUUUAAAGCUUUCUUGCAUGAAAUUACACCAGUAUCUCCCGGUGAAAUUACACCAGUAUCUCCCGGUGAGUGGUCCUUUGCCCCUUCAGUCACCUAAUGGUGAACCAUACUGCCACCUUGAUGUUUUAUGCUGCUGUUCUAUGAAGACCCUGCUGUGCCUGUGCCCUAAUUGGAUACCAAUAUAUUGGAAUAAAAUAAUUUACGAAAA